AUGGCAAAGAUCAUUUUCUACGAGGGCCGAAAUUUUGAGGGCCGCUCCCAUGAGGUUACCUUGGAUCAGUCCAAUAUGCACUCUCACUUUAGCCGCUGCAACUCCAUCAGGGUGGAAAGUGGCUGCUGGAUGAUCUAUGAGCGCAGCAACUACUCAGGCCAUCAGUACUUCCUGAAGAGGGGAAGCUACUCAGACUACCAACAAUGGAUGGGAAUCAAUGACUCCAUCAGGUCCUGCAUUCCAAUCCCAUGUUACCGGGGCACUGGCAAGAUCCAAAUCUAUGAGAAGACUGACUUUGGAGGCAAGAUGAUGGAGUUAAUGCAUGACAGUCCUUCUCUCUCUGAAGCAUCUUGGUAUGGAGAUAUCCAGUCUUGCCGGGUUCUGGAAGGAUACUGGAUUUUCUAUGAGCAGCCAAACUACCGUGGACGGCAGUACCUCCUGAGACCUGGCGAGUACAAGAGAUUCACUGAGUGGGGAGCUACGACUCCCAAGGUUGGGUCCUUGAGGCGUGUGAUGGACAGCUCUUACUAA